AUGGCUCAUGCAGUACGGAGCAACUGAGAUGCUUUGGCAAUGGCCGAAUAUACAUACGACCGCUUCAAAGAAGUAUUCCUUUGACGGAAACUGUGCGUUUUCAUGAAGAAAAAGAAAUAUGCUUAUCAUGCGGUGAAAGCGUUUCAGUUAGUGAAAUGAGUGAGCAUCUACAAGCUUGCGAGCAUUAUCAUUCUGCAAAUGAGCAUGAAACUGAAGAGGGAGACGAGAAUAGCCGAUAUGGAAUUAACAGUGAAAGAAACGACGUCGUUCAAGUUACGGAUGAUGACACGUUAAUUUCAAAUACAACCUCUUUGCCGCUAAACGAACAGAUCGCCCCGACACAAUUAGUCUCUAAUACUGACGCGAGAGACAGUGACCUGGAUUCAUUAGCACCAGUUCCUCAACCAAAUGAAACGUUGGAAAUCGAGGACAGCAAUCGCGCUGAACUUGAAAACAGCGUGGAAGUAGAUCCUAUGGCUCUGCCAUACGAAGAACACCUACGAAACGCCAUCGACGCAACACUAAAAGCAACAACUGCAAAUGAUGACCCUGUCCAAGUUCUGCGAACCUUCUCUUGCCACUUUCUGCGGGGUCGUCCCCUCGAUGUUAUGGACCCAACGGUGCAACUUGAAGGUGAAACAACAGAUGUUUUCGUUACGCGGGAAAACAUUUACGAAGAUGGCAUGGACGAGUUGUUGGGUGGACUUGGUGUGAGCGAUCCUAGUCUUCCUUUAGAAGUCACGUUUACUGGCGAGUGCGCACAGGAUCUAGGUGGUCCUCGGAAAGAGUUCCUAGGUGCAAUGACCCGCGAGAUAAAAGACCAUUUAUUUGUGGUUGGCGGCGAUACCUAUACCUUACGCCAAGAUGUUGUCGCCGAGACUCGCAGAUACUUCUUUGGAGCUGGUCUUGUAUUUGGUUACAGCAUGUUACAAGGCGGACCGCUACCGUGUUUUAUGCACGAAGAAUUACUGACCAAACUUUUUGGUGUUCAUGCAGAACAACUGAACGACGCCGAAGAACAACUUCGCAACGGCUUUUCGAAAUUUGGAUUAGUAGAGCUCAUCAAGGAAAGACCAUCGAUGCUCUUCCUAUUACGAAGAACAGCAUACCAUCCGUUGACGUAUCCGAGAAUCGUAAAGAUUUUGGCGCCAAAAUUUUCAGAGCAGGGUUCCAACAAGAGGAUGAAAGAGAACAGGGCAUACAGGCUUUUUUUGAAUUACGUCAAAGAGGUUGCUGCUGGGAGGCGAGAAAAUGUAUCGCUAGGCGAUGUCUUAAGAUUCGCCACUGGUUCAGAGGAUGAGCCUGUUCUGGGUUUUGCAAUCCAGCCUGCUUUGUGUUUUAGUGACGGCACGCGUUCGUGCCUACCAACCUCCAACACAUGCAUCAACCUUUUACGGCUGGCUAUUGGUGAAAUUCUUCCUGAAAGUCAAGAUGAAAUGUUCCAAAAAUUUGAUUUAGCUUUCAGCAAUACCCAUUUUGGAAUGGCAAGCUUAUGA